UAAAAAGAGCCCCAAUUAAUUUUGAUGGGUAUUUUUAUUUUUAAUUAUAAAUUGGUGCAGGAAGAAAUGUCGUAUUCUCGAGCAUUUUGGGUCAGCAAAGAAACGAUUGCUUGGAAUGUGGAUGCUGGAAACGGUUCGUAUUUCCUCUUCGGCAGUAAAAAUGCUACUCUCGCCGUAGUAAAUGGAGAAAUUCAAGGCUAUGAUGUAAAAAUCGAGCUCGAACAAAGUAGUGAAACGCUUCCAAAGCAUGUGAUUGAACGAUUUCCUCAUAUUCGUGAUUUUAAACCCCUCCAAGUUCCUCGGGAUCUGGAUGCCAAAAAUUUAUUGAAAUACCGAUUGGCUGUUGCUAUUUUAGGCUCUGGUGGAGAAUGCACUAGUAUUACUGGUUUGCAGUUACCUGGUAUCCUAGACGAACUAUUCUAUUACAGCGGUCCACUAGGCGCAGUUUUUUCGUCUGAAGCUGUUUCUCUCUAUCUUUGGGCACCCACUGCACAGAAAGUAAAUGUGCUUAUUUACGGAGAAGGUGAAGGUGGGGACCACUUGGAAAUUGUCCCGCUCGAGGAGUCAAACGGAGUUUGGAGUGCGAAAGGGCCGCUGACUUGGGAAGGAUGUUACUAUGUUUACGAAGUCUAUGUCUACCAUCACAGCACCUCGAGAAUUGAAAAAUGUACUGCAAAUGAUCCAUAUGCAAGAGGGCUGUCGGCCGAUGGCAGGCGAACCCUUUUAGUGAACAUUGAUUCCGAGGCUUUGAAACCCGAAUCAUGGGAUCGUUUGGUCGAUGAAAAACGGGAUCUUGUUUCGUUUUCAGACAUCAGUAUUUACGAGUUGCAUGUAAGAGACUUCAGUGCGACGGAUGAUACUGUUCCAUCUGAUUUUCGUGGAGGCUACCUCGCCUUUACUUCUGAGGACUCAGCCGGAAUUCUUCAUCUUAAAAAGUUAUCGAGUGCCGGGAUCACACACAUUCAUCUCUUGCCGACGUACCAGUUUGCUGGCGUCGAUGACAAAAAGGCUAAAUGGCAGAGUGUAGAUUUUGAGAUGCUCGAAUCAUUUCCACCCGACUCUGACGAACAACAAGCUAGUAUUACCGCCAUCCAGAAUGAAGAUGGAUUUAAUUGGGGCUAUAAUCCUGUACUAUGGGGUGUACCGAAAGGAAGCUAUGCAACUAAGCCUAGUGGCUCGUCCCGAAUAAUUGAGUUCCGCAAAAUGGUGCAGGCACUGAACCGUAUUGGUCUUCGUGUUGUACUGGACGUUGUUUACAACCAUCUACACGCGAGCGGUCCAAAUGGUGACGACUCUGUUUUGGACAAGAUUGUUCCAGGUUAUUACCUUAGAAGAAACCUUGAUGGCUUAAUCGAGAAUAGUACAUGUACAAACAAUACCGCCAGUGAGCAUUCCAUGGUCGAAAGGUUGAUUAUUGACGAUUUGUUACACUGGGCUAUCAAUUACAAGGUGACUAUUUUCAGAUAUGAUAUGAAUUUCUAACUCUAAUCCCGAUUGCAGGUAAAGGCUAGAAGUGUGCUCCAGAGUUUAUCGAAACAGAACGACGGAGUAGAUGGCUCUAGCAUCUAUAUUUACGGUGAAGGAUGGGACUUUGCAGAAGUGGCUAAUGACGGGCGUGGGGUAAAUGCGUCACAAUUCAAUCUUUGUGGAACUGAAAUCGGAAGUUUUAAUGACCGGAUUAGAGAUGCAAUGAUCGGUGGAUCUCCGUUUGGACAUCCACUUCAACAAGGUUUCAUUACAGGUUUGUCUUUGGAGCCGAAUGAUCACGACCAUGGAAGUAAUUCCGAUGUGGAGCAUACGCUUGCCGUUUCAAAGGAUCGUAUUCAGGUUGCAAUGGCUGCUAACCUUAAGGACUUUGUCCUGACCAACCACGAGGGUAAAGAGGUUAAAGGAAGUGAAAUUUCGAUGCAUGACGGGGCACCCCUUGCUUAUGCUUCAUCCCCUAUAGAAACAGUGAAUUACGUCUCUGCUCAUGAUAACGAAACCUUGUUCGAUAUUGUCAGUUUAAAGACUCCAUUAAAUAUCUCUGUGGAUUCAAGAUGUAGGAUGAACCAUUUGGCGACGAGCGUAAUAGCACUUUCCCAGGGAAUACCGUUCUUUCAUGCUGGAGACGAGAUUCUCCGCUCAAAGUCAUUAGAUCGUGACUCGUACAAUUCUGGUGAUUGGUUCAACAGAUUAGACUUCAGCUACAACUUGAAUAAUUGGGGCGUUGGUCUUCCUCCAAGAGAAAAGAACGAAAGACAUUGGCCACUAAUGAAAACAAGAUUAGCGGAUCCUUCGUUUAAGCCUCGAAGAAGUCACAUUCUUGCAGCACUCGAAAGCUUCUGUUGCUUUAUUAGUAUCCGAUACUCUUCCCCGCUUUUCCGUUUGUCUACAGCAAACGCAAUUCAGGAAAGAGUACGAUUUCAUAAUACCGGUCCGUCGUGGGUCCCGGGUGUGAUAGUCAUGAGCAUCGAAGAUGGCCAUGAAGGAGUUCCGGGACUUUCUCAACUGGACCCCACAUACUCGUACAUUGUUGUUAUAAUUAACGCUAGCCCGAACGAUAUAACAUUUACGAGCCCGUCUUUGAGGGGAAAACGUCUACAAUUGCACCCGAUACAGAUGAACUCAGGCGAUGAAAUUGUGAAGGGCUCGAAUUACGAUAACUCGUCUGGCUCUUUCAGCAUACCCUUUAGGACAACCUCUGUUUUCGUCGAGCCUCGGCCAAUCUGAUGAGACUGCAUUUUUUAGAUUUUUUUUUUUGCUUAAUUAAUUUAAAUAGUAAAUCAUAUUUCAUGCUCAGUGAUUCUGCACUGUUUUGUAAGAUUUUACAAGCCUGAUACUGAAUUAAGGUUUAAUAAUGUCGGUUAAACACAGGCUUUAACUCUAAUUGGAUAUUAAC